GGGAAAGCCCGAAAAAAACAACCAAGAAAAGGAUUGCUAUCAUGGAACCCCAUGAACAGUUCGGUACUGAAAAGCGCAAAGAAGGGAAAAAAUAUCGCAAAUCAAUUUUUCCUGGCUUACGCGAAAGUAUAAUGAUGGACAGACGUAGAUCGACGGUUGGCGUCGGUGAACAUCACCGGCAAUCGUCAGCUCAACUGUUCAGCCGAAUGAUGGACAAUGCCUUCCCACCAAUGGAAUCCCGUGUGUGGACCAGCCGAAGAAGUACCAUGUACCAUACACCUCGCUUCCAAAACAACUAUCGGAUGGAAUCUCGGCACCCGUUCAAUCGUGACAGUGUUGAUACCCUCAUCAGUCGAUUCUUGACGAUAUUUUUGAACGAACAGGCAUAUAAUCCUAGGCGAGCCAAACGACUGGCAGAACAUCUGAGCGUAGAGCUGAAGGACCUCAUCAAAUACUGCAAGUACGAUAGGUAUCGCAUCAUCGCGCUCGUAACAGUGGGAGACAAAUCUUCGCAGGAUUUCAAGUCCGUUAUGCGAUUUUUGUGGGACUCCGAAAAGGACAGCUAUACUAAUUUUGCUUUUGAGACAUCCACAUACUUUGUGACAGCUACGAUCUUUGCAGUGUACUACGAAUAACUUUCAAUUGACUCUUUUACCAGGUGUCAUAAUUUUGUGACUCGAAGACUUUGCUACUUACAAAAUUCAGCAGUUCAUUUGUUAUUUAUUUAUUAAUA